AUGAGUGGGCACGAGACGUUUCCGUUUCUGGACUUGCCUGCAGAACUGCGCAACCGCAUCUACACUUUCACCUGCCAAACUCAAAACAAUGAGCGAUGCUAUGUGCUCCCCUGCAGCUCCCUCAUGCUAGUUUGUCGACAGCUUCGCUCCGAGUAUCGCCCGAUCUGCAUGAAACGCGCGGUCAUGAUCGACUGGAGAGACGUUCGCCAAUAUCUCGACACUUUCUACCCCACUGUGGACGGCAAAGUAACGAACAUCGAACUAGCUCCUGCUGCCAUGACUGUCUUUGUGGAUCAUCACAUCAGGAACGGAUCUAGAGUUAGCGUCGACAUACUCCCGCUCUUGAGAAUCAGACACCGUCACAACACCUUCACUUGUGACUUCGUCAUCGGGGACGAGACAAAGCAAGACGCGGAUGCUGUUGGAGACUACUUCGACCAUGACGAGCAUAGUGUUUCUUUGUAUGUGCGCAAAGAAAACGAUGCUCUUUUCGAGCUUUUCGCACUGCAGAACAAGCACUGGUUGAAUUACAUUACCUCAAACAUUUUCACUGGUAUUGACGUCCCUUUGAUCGGCUCACCUUAUCCUGAGGUCAUCUCAUUUUACAUUGACCUUGAAGAGGACGUCAAUGGUGUAAUCGACGGUGAUAGCUUUGUGUCCAGUGUUGGCCUCGCAAAAUGGGCAGAGUGUGGUAUCUACGGUUUGUUUCAAUUCGACGUAAUGAACUAGCUCGUUUCGAUUUCGAAUACGCUAUGCUGCUUCGACACCAAAUGCACCUCCAUUCCC